AUGUCGGUGAAGCAGAUCGCUCUUUCCGCAGCCCUCUUGGGCAAUGGUGCGUCCGCCGUCAAGCUUGCUCAUCAUUAAGGCUCAUGAUUUGUAAUUGUAAAGCAUCUAGUAGGUACUUGUCGAUGUGAAGGAUCCAUAAGGCUCAUUAUAUUUAUUAUAGGAAGGAUCGAUCCAGAAGGCUCGACGCAACUACUUAUUCUAUAUAAGUAGUUGCGUCGAUGUCGAUGUGAAGGAUCCAUAACCUAGCCUAACCUAUUUGCUCACUAUGAAGACACAGCGUUUUUCUCGCAAUUCAUCUUAUUCAACAUCAACACAGCGUCUGUUUCCCUGUUUCGUACCUACUUCUUGGGUUGUGAGAAUAUAAUUGGAAAAAUAUAUAUGGAUGAAUUAAGUAUUGUGCUGAGCUCUAAUCGCAAGUGCAACGCGGAGCAUCCGGAUCUAAGCCCGAGCAGGUGGCUUGCAUCAAGUUAAGCCGACUAGAGAUAGACAACAACAUAGUGAAACUAUUGGUGUCGGCUUCUAUAAAGUGUACGCCGUACUACAAGAACGCCUAAGAAUUUUUCUUGACGUGAUUCUUCCUUGACGUGAUUCUUCCUUGAGUACUUCUGGAGCUUUGUCUGAACUAAGUGCCGAGGACGAGGCUGUUGUAAUAAAUAUCUAGUUCUUCCUCUAAUUCCGUUCGUUGAUCAAUUGAUUCUCGUGCAGAGCGUAGCAGAGAGGAAGCUUCGUCAAGGCAACAAGGAGCCGAAAGAUAAGGCAACCCUGGAGGAAUAUGCUGCGCUUACAACCCCGUUCCUGCGUAUGCAGUAUACUGCAAGCCAGGUCUGCGAAAAACACGGAGGCAAGACGCUGCGUUUAUGGCUGGUGACGUCGUCUUUUUUUUUUCUUUACUAACAAGACAAGCAAUAGCAAUUGAACUACCUGUUGUCUCGUCAAGUAGAUCUUCUCAUAGGACUGUUUUAUUAGGCGGACAAAACUUCGUCUCAACUGACCAUGAGUGGCUUCGCAGUCGCAAUAGGUGGUAGAAGUAAGUACUUAUUGAAUUUAUUAGUUGGGUAAUAGAAAAUAGUCACACUUAUGCGGCUCCUCUUCUAAUGUACUCCCAUUACUUAAGCAGCUCCAUACUCCUCUAAUGUACCCCCCCCCCAUACAGUAUGAGCGAGCCAUUACUAAAACUGCAGCUCCUCUAAUGUACCCCCGUGUCGGCAUUGACGAAACCCACGCUGGACACUACAACAAUAAACUGCAAGAGAUCGUGGAAUUUUUUGCCAACACCGACGCGAAGAAAGAGGGGGAUUUGCCACGAAUGCCGAAACCCGAUACCAGAGCCGGCGCCAGGGCCAACCCCGUCGAGCCGACGCUUGGGCACCAAGGAUACGAUUACAAGAAGCAUCUGGCAGAGUUCAUGGACAACCACAAUACGUUCGCCCCCAUGUUGAUGUUCGGUGGCGAUUCGAACACCGAUCGCUUAAGGCUUGUAUCUAUUACUCAGUCCUCUCUGUCGGUCAUUAAUACUCUAUAUUAUGAUUUAUAACACAAAACAAGAUGAAGAUUUAAUUGUUGCAGCUGUUCACGCCGACGUGAAGCUGAUCAAUUUGCUCGUGCCGACGUACACAAUUAAGUAUUUGGAGGCAUAAGUUAGGAGCCAGUUACUGAUACCUUUGAGUAGUCUAAAUUUUGUUCUAAAAAAUAUCUUUACCAUGCAGGUCCCUUGCAAGUAUGAUACUGAACAAAAUGCGCCCCUCGCGUAGUUGUAUGAGGACGAGAAGUUCUUGUCCUGCUCAUCUUCAUCUUGAAGAAAAGACUUAUAGAUAUAAGCAUUUUAGGCAAAGGCAACUUGCCGAAUAGAUUCACAUCAUCAACAUCAUAAGUAGAGUAUCUUUGUUUGUUUGUAUCGAAAUCGAUGCGCUCCGGGCGACGCGUUCGAUCCCGCCGGAUUUCUUUGUGCUCUGUGUGUGCUAUGCUAUGUUGGUCGUCGUUGCGGUCGACUAUGGUAUGCCGAGGCUUCACAGUCACCGCCGCCAACUAUGGCAUGUCGGGCUAGGUGUGCAGGAGGCGGCGCCUGUGGGUAGGUGCUAGCGCCUGGCGGUGUAGCGCGGUCGGGCUGUCUGAAGGCCGUUCUUGCCUUCUCAGUCGCUCUCUUGUUCUGUAGAAUAUCUUUAAUAUCUAUAACAUCAAGAAUAUCUUCUUCAUGUUCUUCACUCACCUAAAAGCUACUAAGAUUGGACCCUCCACCAGAGUAGCUAAUGCAAUUUAGUCAGAAGUAAUGAAGAUCGCCCGGAACGCCUUACCUCAUGCGUAAAAAAGGAGCAUAAGCGCAAAAAAUAUAUGCGCGAACUUAUAUAUAAGUUCUAUCGGCCUUGAGCGCUAGCCUAAACCUGCGAAAGCAGACCUAUUUAUAUGCGGCCGAAUGACAACCCUUGAGCCAAAAUGGCUACGGGGAUCGAGAUAGUGGUGGGCCUUCGUUCCUCGAAGUCGGUUCUUCGUUGCUCGAAGUCUUCUUCAUCUUCUUCACUCACCUAAAGCAAGCUACCUAAAACUACGAACAAGGUGUCCGUCGUGCCCUCUCUAAUCCUGAUCGGCAUGGUCAACAGCUUCGUCAACGCUUGUUGUGCCGAAAAGACCUUGGAUUACCCAGCCACGCAACAAGAGAAAUUGGACAUGGGCGCAAUUGAACGCGCACAAGCCCAGGCAUUAAGGAAAAAUGAUUGAUAAAAAUCUUCUAUCUUUAUUUUACAACAUGCUUGAGUUAUUCAUCGAUACUAAAUGAAUGUAUCUUUUACAUGCUACAUGUAAGUACAUCCACUGCGUUCGUUGUACAACCUACUCCUGUUGAUCAUGACGACUCGCCUUUUAUUCAAUACAGGAGUACUUUUUUCCUCUAAUGUGCCUUGGUGGACAUCAAUAGAGUCAUCCCUCUCGAAAACAUACUUUUAAUACUUUUCUAAUGUCCACCCUUAGGGCACGGAAAGCAAAGGCGACUUAAUAGUGAGUUCUUAUAUAUUUAGUGAUGAGGUCUACAUCUAUUAAAAGGAUUAACCCAGUUCCUAGAAGAGACUUUAUAUAUAUUAUUAUUAACCUGAUUGUUCCUUUUCCUAGAACUAGAUGAAAACAAUCUGAAAAAAGCAGCAUCGUUCUUUACUACUAAUCUGAAAGAACAAGAAUCACGACUAGACGAGAUGCCAAGAGUAUGUUUAUAAAGAGGACCACGACAGCAUUAAAUAUUACUGAAGAGUGAAUCAUUUGAAAUCCCAAGCUCUAACAUGAGACCAGGAAGCGGCUGAGGAGGUACACAAGAAGAAGGAACCUGUGGCAGCGGCUGAAGUAACGAAGGCCGAAGAGGCUGAGGCAAAAGCAGCAGCCGAUAAGAAGGCGAAGGAGGACGCCGAGAAGUGCUGCUAACUUCUUGCAUGAACUUGAUUUGGAAAAAAAAGAGGUGGGGGAAGUACGAGAAUGAUGUGUCAUCUAGUCUUCUCAUUGUAGAGGACGAAGAUGACACUAGUUCUAGUUGUCGUACUUCUUAUGGUGGGGUCGGUCGGUUCGGUUGGACGACCAAGGGCUAUUUUUCUCAUCGGUGCGGAGUCUUUUCACAUCUGCAUCUCUACCUGAAGUAGAUGGGGAGGCUUCAUCACCAAUCUUGUUAAGGGUCGUUUUAUUUACUUACGUCGAAGGGAGUUGAACGAUUACUAGAAUAACCGUUGCAACAAGGAGAGGAACGCGAGUGGUUUUUCUCACCUACUGCAUCUGUACUUCUAGGAAACAAAGCGAAUGAAAAUAAACCUGCUCGUCUUCAUCUUGGGGGUAGUUGGUCUACAGUGUGACGUCAGCAAUGGUUUGUAACGUGGCUAACGCCGUUUAGCAAGUGCUUACCCUUGUUUAUUGCCAAAACCAGUAGUACACACGAACACAAUAGACCAAGCUACUACUUCUAAGAGAUGAAAUCAUGUGAGGAGGAAGAGCCGCAAUGUUGGCACUACCUCUGUUGACCAUGACUUCGUGUUUCAUCUACUAGCGCUUCAAGCAUUACGUCGAAUUAUCAAUGACUGUAAGAGUAAGAUUAAGAUGCUGUAUUUACCUAUCAAGACACCUACAUCAUCGCACUGUUGAAUGAACUAAAACUAAUGUGAAUGCUCUUAGCAUCUUUGAUCUUUCUAAAAUGUAGUAGUACUUCUAAACGCAGGAGUACGUGGGAAAAAAUCAGAUAAGGAAUGAAAACAUAAGUCUAAAAAUUGAAGUAAUUCUCAGUCUGUCAUCAUUAUUAAACGAUAGUAAUAUUUUCCUGUACAACAAGAUUCUUUGGUCGUCCAUGUUGUCGUAAUAAAUUCAAUACUUCUAAUAACUAAGGAUGAUCAAAAAUGUACUUAGGCAAACAACUUCAACAGGAGGUCUACGAAGUAGGAGAAUCAGGACCACAAUCAUGAACUCAACAUGUUGAUCAUCAGCUGUUAUACAUGCUACUGCUCAUGUCCUUCUGGAGGAGUUCGUAGAACUGCCAAGCCAUCAUCGUGAAUGUAGAAUAUCGAUUUUUUUAGAUGAUAAGAAUGUAAAAGAAAUACAUAGAGUUAAAGAGUCGUCUGAUGUUGGGCAGCAUCAAGAAUCUACUUGGGUGACCGAGAAGCCUUGAGGCCACAGAGGACUGACAAGAAUAAGUAGCCAUCGGCUUGAUCGUUCAUACUAUCCGACAUAAUUGCUCGCGCAGCAGUCACUGCAGUAAGCUUCAUCUAUUCAUCUUGAAGUUCGUGCACCACAAUUCUAUAUCUCGUUAUUACAUAUACAUGUUGAUCGUGCGAUCUAGUGGUUUUAUCUUGAUAUUACAACUAAGUGUAUGGAUACUAGGAACACGAGCUUACACUGGAUCUGUAAGAAUCAAAUGGAUACUAGGAAUACGACCUUAACGUUGACGCGUCGCAAAAUUGUCGAGGGAAGACAAUUUACUAAUAAGGAGGAAGCCGAUGGCCUUGAAAAUGAAAACAAUAGAAG